UUCGUUCGCUGAUGUUCGUUCUUUUGAUAAAAAUAUCAGCCUACUUUGCAACGGAAUUAGAAAAAAAUGUUUCACCAAUUGACUCAACAUUGUGAACACAAAAUGCGUUUCAUCCUCUACAAUAUUAUUACGAAUCACUUGAGCAACAUACACAGUUUCCAAAAUUAUCUUAUUUAUCUUUGCUACAAGAUGCUUGCAAUGCCACGGAAAAUGGGUUUAGCGUCGUUAUCAUAUCAUGUUAGUUUUCUCAAAAUAAAACAAUCCCGAUAAAGAAGUUUGUUCAAUUUACACUAGGUCAGUGCAUAACAGAUAAAUAGUGCGUGAUACAGUCUAGCUGUUCCAGUGUUCAUAAACUAUCCCUAAGUGCCAACAUGUUACUCUUUUUGCUGUUGUCGGUAGUCACGGCGGCUUACCUUUGGGUUAUCUGGCGCUAUUCCUACUGGAAGCGACGGUCUGUGCCUUACGUUGAGCCAAGCUUCCCGUUCGGAAAUCUACAAGGCCUGAACAAACGUCACUUCGGGUUGUUGACGCAGGAUGUGUACUCAAAGCUGAAGGGAACGGGAUGCAAAUUUGGGGGAAUGUUCUUCUUCGUGAAUCCCAUGGUUGUGAUUCUGAAUCUGGACUUUGCCAAGGAUGUGUUUGUGAAGGAUUUCCAAUAUUUUCAUGAUCGUGGAGAAUACAGCAAUGAAAAGGCGGACCCAAUCAUGGCACAUUUGGUUACUAUGGAGGGAACCAAGUGGAAGAACCUGAGAACCAAGCUUACUCCGGUGUUUACUUCGGGAAAAAUGAAGAUGAUGUUCCCGAUAAUCACGGCAGUUGCCGAAGAAUUUCGGAAGUGUAUGGCAAAGGAAGCUGACAAGGGAGAAGACAUUGAGAUGAAAGAAUUGUUGGCCCGGUUCACAACCGAUGUGAUUGGAAACUGCGCGUUUGGCUUGGAAUGUAACAGCCUAAUGGAUCCUGAAGCUGAAUUCAGAAAGAUGGGAAGAAAAGCAAUGGCCAUGUCAUCGGCAGAUUUUUUACGGAGAAAACUUUGUAAUUCUUUUAGAGGUUUAGCCAAGUUGCUCGGAGUGAGGCUCUCCGAUCCAGAUGUAUCUGAUUUCUUCAUGAAUGCAGUUAGAAGCACCAUUGAAUAUCGAGAGCGGAAUAAGGUUCAAAGGAACGACCUGAUGGAUUUACUAAUCAAGUUGAAGAACGCAGAGUUGAUUGAUGAGAAAUCUGAUCGAUUGGGACCGCUGACAUUCAAUGAGAUUGCUGCGCAAGCGUUCGUAUUCUUUUUGGCUGGUUUCGAGUCAUCUUCUACAGCUAUGUCUUUCUGUCUGUAUGAGCUGGCUAAAAAUCAAGAGCUACAAGACAAAGCACGACGCAAUAUCAAUGAAGUGUUGGUUAAACACGGCACAUUGACGUAUGAAGCACUGUACGAGAUGACGUAUAUUGAAAAUUGCAUUAAUGAAUCCCUUCGAAAAUAUCCACCUGUGACCAAUAUAGUGCGCAACGUGUCUAAGCCAUACAGAGUUCCAGGAAUGAACGUCACACUGGAGGAAGACUGUCGGGUUCUGCUGCCUGUCUACGCAAUCCAUCACGACCCAUCGCUCUACCCAAAUCCGGACCAGUUCGACCCUGAACGCUUCAACCCGGAGAACAGUGCUGCCAGACAUCCGAUGGCGUUUGUGCCGUUUGGUGAAGGUCCUCGAAUCUGCAUUGGAUUGCGCUUCGGUUCGAUGCAAGCACGCAUAGGAUUGACGUAUCUGUUGAAGAAUUUCCGCUUUACCUUGUCGGAAAAAAUGCACGAUCCGCUUAAAAUGAUGUCAAACACUAUCAUUCUUGCCUCGGAAGGGGGAUUAUGGAUGAGGAUCGAGAAAUUGUAGCAUAUUUAUGUACUCAUGUAAUUCAUACAAAUGUUUUAAUAUAGACAGACUAUCCAUCGUAAAUUAGGACUCACUUGAAUAAAUUCAACACGCAGAUGAACAAUGCAUGAAAAGAUCAGAAAUAUAGGUAUAUUAAUAAUGCUUUAAUCUCAAGAUACUGAUAAUCUAUAAUUUUGCAAUGCUGCCGGUACGUGGUGCUUGUAAGCGCUUCAAACAGAGCCUUUUCAACAAGUUCUACUCGAGUCAAAGACUUCCCGAAGGUAGACAUUUUGAUUCAGAUUUCUGAUGCUGCAUGGUUAGACUGUCCAUCCCGAGCAGAAUGGCCGGGAAAUGGACACACUAUGCGUAUGCAUGGUGCUUGUGGGAAUGAUCAUUUGAGUCAGUAGCGUA